AUGUCUACGUCAACCCCCAAAACCCAAUGGCUGUUCUACGCCAUCGUCUCAGGAGGCUGUGCAGCCCUCAACGGCGUCUUCGCAAAACUCACGACAACACAAUUGACCACAACAUGGGCCACGGGCAUAUCGCAUGCCUUUGGCCUGAAAGAAGAAAGUGUCAUCAUUGAAGGACUCGUACGAGGUUUCUUCUUCCUCCUCAACCUCCUCUUCAACGCCAUAAUGUGGGGUCUCUUUACCCGCGCUCUGACAUUAGCAAGCAGCACAGUCCGCGUCAGUGUCAUCAAUACCAGUGCGAACUUCAUGCUUACUGCUGUUCUUGGUCUCUUGAUCUUCUCUGAGACAUUACCGGGACUCUGGUGGCUUGGAGCCGCGAUGUUGGUGGCGGGCUCCGUGAUCAUCGGUAGAAGAGAGGAAGGGAAAGAAGUCGGUACUGCGGGAACUGCUGGAGCCGAGCCCAUCGCCUUAGAUGUGCAAGAUGGCUAUAGCGAUGAGCCGGAUGCGCCGCCACCGGCUGCGCCAAAGGUGGGUGUGCCGAAGCAUGACGAUGUGAGGGAUAUUUCUGAUGGCAGAUAUGAUUGCAGCGACGAGGAAGGGGUGACAGGGAGGUGA